AUGCCGGAAUGCCCGGACCGCGGGGCCAAGGCGGCCCCCAUCCAUCGUAAAAUCUCCUUCUCCAUCUUAGACAUCCUGGAUCCCCAGAAAUUCAGCAGGAGACGCGAACCGGCCGCGGGGAGCUGGGGCAGCGCCCCCCGCUCGGGCGAGCGGGAGAAAAGUUUGGGAAGAGUUGAAGUAGGAAAGGACGCUGCUGCUCCCGGCAGCGGGAGGAAUAAACUAGAGGCACAUGAUCCGCACGGCCCGGCGGAGAGCAGCGCCGAGGACGCGGGGCAGGACCGCGACGAGGAGGACCCGAGCGGGGACGGGGACGGGACCGGGCCUUCUCCCGGGCCGGAGGAGCCGGGCUCGCCAAGGGGCUCCCGUCGGCGGCGGGCAGAGCCGGGCUGCGGGAAACCGCGGCGGGCGCGCACCGCCUUCACCUACGAGCAGCUGGUGGCCCUGGAGAACAAGUUCCGAGCCACGCGGUACCUGUCGGUCUGCGAGCGCCUCAGCCUGGCGCUGUCCCUCAGCCUCACCGAGACGCAGGUGAAGAUCUGGUUCCAGAACCGCCGCACCAAGUGGAAGAAGCAGCACCCGGGCGCCGACGGCGCGGCCCCCGCAGCAUCCCCCGCGGCGGCGGCGGGCGGCGGCAGCCCCAGCCCACCGGGCCCCGCCGCUCUGCCCUUCCAGACUUUCCCUUCCUACGCCGCCGCCAACGUCCUGGUGCCGCCGGCCGCCCCCUUCCCGCUGGGCGCCGGCCUCUUCGCCCCUUUCCUCGGCCCCGCGUACCUCGGCCCCUUCUACGCCCCGCACCUCUGA